UUGAGAACAAGCUGGGAUACUGGAUAUGAGAAAUCGUGUCUCGUCCUACUUAUGGGAUUUGUUGUCAAAAGCAGAAUGAAAUUUCCACUAGACUAGAUUGCAUAGUUGCAAAAUUAUGAUUCCGCCUAUUCCUCUCUUUGGAUUGGUGGAAGCAAAUGUUUAAAACUUGUCUUGCUAGCACUGUGAAUAUGUAUAGAAGUCUGGAAUUUCACGGAUAGCCUGGUUAUAUAAUGCACUUUUUCUCAAACUUGCCAGGAUGUCAAACCAGCUUAUGCUAAUAACAUAAACCAUUACAAAAAUGCUAUUUGAUAACAUUUCUAAACUAAAGUCAACACACACUCACACACCACAUGUAUUUAUUUGAAAGUUAAUUGAAUUAAUUUUCCUUUAAACAGACUAGAUUGGCUGAUAGAAUGAUCUAGAGCCCCCCAAACCCUGGCUGAACAUUCAUUGGACUGCCAUAAUCAAUUCAAUUUUGCAAUGUCAUGAGGUUGGUCAAAGUACCCUCCCACAUAAAUAGUCAGAAGUUCUAUACUUUUUCUUUCAUUCUAAGAGUGUUUAUACAAUGAGGACCUUGUGGUAUAUAUGAUUCAGGGUGUCACUUAGACCUUAUAGUGUGUAAAUAUCCCCAUAAGGAUAUUGUAUUUUUCCUGCUCUGGGCACCCCUGGUCUAUACUCUUUUAGUAAUGAAGGAACUGCUGAUCAGGGACAGGUUAGCCGAAUGUGCCUCCAUCGUUGCGACCUGCUUCCUGCCAACUAGCAACCCUCAUCUUGAAGUAAUUCCCUCCCACCCCACUUCUGGGUUUGUUGCGCCGACUCCCUUCAAGUCAGUGGACAUUUUACCACCAAAUUCCACCAAUUUAUAUUGAAGUCAACUGUGUAGAACCCCCACCCAUGUCCUCCAGAUGCAAUGUAUUUGCAAUGAAUUGAAAAGGGCAAAACUGUUUUCUCCACGGCUGCCUAGUGUUCAAUGUUGUUUUAUUGGCUUUGGCAUCACACUGUCCAGACUUCCCAGAUUCAUGUGUUAUGUUGGGGCUACACUGUGAGACUAGCCCAUAAAUACAUAUGGGGCUGUGACUGCCAGAGGCUCAGACACAUUAUUUUGGAAGAGGAAUGACUUUCAAUUCAGUGUUUCCUCCCCCCGUCAGUGCAGUCAUUUGUUGUGGACAAACAGGGUGAAGCGAGCCUCACUCAGAGUCACAUCUUAGACCCCCCCGUCCCGCUCGGAUCACCUCUCCUCACGCCUCAUGAGGUCGCUUAUUUCAAUGUCAAUAGUGACAUACGGUAGCUCUUAAACGUUUAGUUUCUGAAUUAUAACUGCCUAUUGAAUGCCUGUUUUGUGAGGUAAAAUGUGCAAUGUUAAAAGGGACACGUGUAGCUGUAGAAAGUUGAGACAUUUACCUUACAGCAUAUUUUGCCGUACUUAGAAAGGACAGGAAGGAAUUAUAUUAGCCACACAAAGGUUUGUGGCUAACACCCUACACUCCAAAGCCAUAUGGGUAACUGAGAGUCUUUAUAUAAAACCAUAGCUAAACACACCUUUCCCAUGUCACCUUGCCAUUUGUUUGGGAUUUAUGAUAUAAAACAACAUUAUCUUGUCUGCUUACAUUACUACAUUUCAGUGAAAUUGUAUUCCAUUUACCAAGCCAUGGAGAGCUGUUUUGAUAUUGGUGUUUUAUUAGCUGUUAGUACGGAGAAACCACAUAUUGUUUGAUUUGAAGACAUUUGUAGUAAUAUGUGGCCAUUUGGUUCACACACGGUAAGAAUCACUCUGUACAAUGGGCGACUUGAAAGGUAAUCAACUGAACCUCUAUUUUGGCUUCAAUGUUGAAAAGAUUUCCCUUGUAAAUUGGAUGGUAGCAUAAAGAAAAUCUGAAAAUAAAAAGCAUCCAAUUCCAAAUGCAAGAUACUUAGAAAUUGUAAAAUUAUUAACUGUCACAAUCAUUGUAAAUUAUAAUGUUGUUUUUCACAACAAUGUAAAACACUCAAAUGCUUCAUGUAGCCAGCUAGCAGCAUGUGACACAAAUUCCCCAUUUGUCUGGUCCAGGUGUUUGCCAUUUAUCACCUUUGUCUUAAUCUCUUAGUUACUAAUUGGUUCUAGCACCUGCGUUGGCAAACUGGAAAAUGUUUCAGAUGCUCGGGAGACUAACUUGUUCCAACCUGGAUGUUGACCGCAAUUGAAAUGCAAGCUUUUAGUAAUGCAUCUGUUGUAUGAUUAACUAUGUGCUAAAAAGUGUAUGUGUCUAGAGCAGUGGCGGUGUGGGGGUGUCCAAACACAAAGGUGUAUUUAUUUAGUGUUUAAUUAUUUUAACAUAACAUUAAAAAAUUAUUUUAGUUCAGUUUUUAUGUUUGACUUAAUCACAAUGUUUACAAAUGGAGAGCUCUUUAUCAAGAAAUAGGGGAGAAAGUCUGUUGAAACUCCUUGACCAAGAUAACAGCCAAAAGUACAUUCUCUAACUAUUUUUUCAUUUGGGUACCUUGGGAGAUGGAAUAUGGUCAUCAAGAGCUACAGGGCAGAAUUAAACUACUCCCAAUCUCUGUCUAGCUUCUAGAAUGUUAGUAAGUAUACACAUGUUCUGUCUAGAUUUCUAGAAUGUUAGUAAGUAUACACAUGUUCUGUCUAGAUUCUAGAAUGGUAGUAAGUAAACACAUGUUCUGUCUAGAUUCUAGAAUGUUAGUAAGUAUACACAUGUUCUGUCUAGAUUUCUAGAAUGUUAGUAAGUAUACACAUGUUCUGUCUAGAUUCUAGAAUGUUAGUAAGUAUACACAUGUUCUGUCUAGAUUCUAGAAUGUUAGUAAGUAUACACAUGUUCUGUCUAGAUUCUAGAAUGUUAGUAAGUAUACACAUGUUCUGUCUAGAUUCUAGAAUGGUAGUUAGUAUACAGAUGUUCUGUCUAGAUUCUAGAAUGUUAGUAAGUAUACGCAUGUUCUGUCUAGAUUGUAGAAUGUUAGUAAGUAUACACAUGUUCUGUCUAGAUUCUAGACUGUUAGUAAGUAUGCACAUGUUCUGUCUAGAUUCUAGAGUGUUAGUAAGUAUACACAUGUUCUGUCUAGAUUCUAGAAUGUUAGUAAGUAUACACAUGUUCUGUCUAGAUUCUAGAAUGUUAGUAAGUAUACACAUGUUCUGUCUAGAUUCUAGAAUGUUAGUAAGUAUACACAUGUUCUGUCUAGAUUCUAGACUGUUAGUAAGUAUGCACAUGUUCUGUCUAGAUUCUAGAGUGUUAGUAAGUAUACACAUGUUCUGUCUAGAUUCUAGUGUGUUAGUAAGUAUGCACAUGUUCUGUCUAGAUUCUAGAGUGUUAGUAAGUAUACACAUGUUCUGUCUAGAUUCUAGAGUGUUAGUAAGUAUACACAUGUUCUGUCUAGAUUCUAGAAUGUUAGUAAGUAUACACAUGUUCUGUCUAGAUUCUAGAAUGUUAGUAAGUAUACACAUGUUCUGUCUAGAUUCUAGAAUGUUAGUAAGUAUACACAUGUUCUGUCUAGAUUCUAGAAUGUUAGUAAGUAUACACAUGUUCUGUCUAGAUUCUAGAAUGUUAGUAAGUAUACACAUGUUCUGUCUAGAUUCUAGAGUGUUAGUAAGUAUACACAUGUUCUGUCUAGAUUCUAGACUGUUAGAAAGUAUACACAUGUUCUGUCUAGAUUCUAGAGUGUUAGUAAGUAUACAAGCUGUCUAUAUUCUAGAAUGUUACUUUCUAUACAAACUGUCUAGAUUCUAGAACGGCCAAAAUAAUUCCCGCUCUCUGUCUAGAUUAGCAUGCAAUCCAAUCUGGGAGUUGAA